AUGUUACUGCUAAUUUAAGAUUAUCUCUUCAAGUAAUCGCUCUUUAAAUCAGUCAAUUUGACCUUUGAUGAAGUACUGAGCUUGUGUAUUUUACAGUAUUUAUUCCAAUAGUCAGCGAAAGAUUUAAUAGAAUAUGUAGAAAAUAUAUUCUUUACUAUACUAUAAAGAGCAAUACAAAUUAUAGUGAUAUAAAAAAAUUAAUUAUAAUCAAGGAGAAGGAUUUUAGUUGAUUAUAAAAAAGUUCUAUUAUUAAACUAAUAAGUAGCUUCUUCCAUGCAGCCUUUUAUUUUAAAGCUAUCAAUUUUUUCAUUUAUAUCUAAAUAAGACAAGCAAGCUUGUUUGUUUCUCUUUUCAUAUAAGUUAUUUAAAUCUUAUGCUCUUAAAACAAUCAUUACUAUUGAUACAAAGAACAAAGCAAUUUAAAUUUUAUUUUACAUGACAAUUUCAAUUAUAUUGAUAUUUUUCUAAACUUUAGAUUCAUAAGCUGGCUUUUUAAUGAACUUAGAGCUGAUUUAACUAUUUUUUUGGCUACUUUCUAAUGAAAUCUGCUUAUCUUUGGAGUUAAGAUUUUUUUUAGGCUUCAAUCUUCUCAUUAACUCUUCAUUACUCAAACAUUAGCUCACAAAUUAAUACAUAUUUUCUAAAAAGCUAUCUUCACGAGUCUCCAUAUUAAAGAAGUCUUUCGUUGAGGAGUAAGACGAUUCAGAAUUUGAAUUCAAAGAAGAACAUUAGAAAGAAGAAUCAUCAGACUCUCCGCUGUCCAUAUAUGUGGGACGGUCUUAAUAAAUUUCACUAAGGUCGCUCAUUAUAAUUUGA